UAUAUUUUUCUUGUAAUUUUUUUUGGGAAAGAGAGAGAGAGACAUAUUGUUUUUGCAAGGCUAUCAUCUCAAACCCCAGACACAAAGCACCCAAUCUAAGAAGAUCUGAUUUUGCUGCAUCUUUUGAUCUUUGCAAUUUUAUGAUACACCUUCUUCCUUGGAGUUUACAUUGACGUUUUAAUUGUGAAGAACAUCCCAUCGUGCUGUGGACACAAUUGAUCUGCUGUCCUCGAUUGAACUUUCCUAUGUGAUUAUAAACCGCAGUCUUUUAGCACGUUUGCUAUUGUCCAGCCAUCAGAUUGCUGCAAGAAUUUAUAUUUUUUUCGUCUUCACAGCUUAGCUAUUCUUUAUUUUAUUUUAUUUUUUUGCUGCUAUGUCCCUUUUACUUAGGACUGUGUAGAAAUAGAUAUCCAUGCCUUUGAAUUUAUCCUGCUUCCUCUGUUAAAGCUUCAGACGCCAUCUACAGUUAACAAGAAGCCAACUUUGUUAUUGUUAGCAUAAAGUGGAAGGGAACCCAGGAGAAUGCUACAGAAAGCAGCAUAAUUUACAAUCAAGUGGAACUUAACAUUUAAAAAAAAAAAAAAAAGCAUUAUUUUUCUUGGUAAAUCAAAAUAUUUUGGAAUAAGUAAUCAUACAAAGGAAAUAUUAUUAUUAACCGAAGAGGUGUCUCUAUUUUUACAAGUCAAAUAGGUUUGCACAAGACCUGGAUAGAACGUUCAGGUGCCAACGUUCUAAAACUUGUUACUAAGUUGCCCCAACGUUCUAAUCGCACAUCCAGAAUUUGCAGCCACUGCCUUAGCUUAUAGCCUAUUGCAAAAGCUUCCUUUCUAUGAAGCUAGCCUGAUUCAACUUCUAUUCUUCCACCUGAUAUUUGAUCUUGCACGUUUCACCCUUUAUUUUUUUUUUUAUUUUUUUUUUAAAGGCACAAAUUUGGUUGUAUAACCCUGUAAAAAAAUAAAUAAAGCACAAUAUCCUCCCUGUCUGCUGCCUUGUCCCCUUCAGCCUGGGCUUUGGUUGCUCUCUCUUACCCAUGAACAUACAAAGGUCGAACCCCAUUACAAUCACAAGGUAUGGGAGAUCGAGGAACAAAACCCAGGAUUUUGAAGAGUUAUCGUCCAUAAGGUGUACCGAACCCAGCCAGAGCUUCAGUCCCAAUCUCGGUUCCCCAAGUCCUCCAGAGACUCCUAACUCGUCGCAUUGCGUUUCCUGCAUUGGAAAAUACUUACUGUUGGAGCCUUUGGAGGGAGAUCACGUUUUUCGUGCUGUGCAUCUGCAUAGUGGAGAGGAGCUGCUUUGCAAGGUUUUCGAUAUUCGCUGCUAUCAGGAGUCACUAGCACCCUGUUUCUGUCUACCUUUACACAAUAAUAUUAACCAAAUAGUUGAGAUAAUUCUUGGAGAGUGUAAAGCCUACGUGUUCUUUGAAAAGAGCCAUGGGGACAUGCAUUCUUUUGUUCGUACCUGCAAGAAGCUUAAGGAAGAAGAGGCUGCUAAGCUUUUUUAUCAAAUAGUGUCGGCUGUAGCACACUGUCACGAAGGUGGAGUGGUUCUAAGAGACCUUAAGUUACGGAAAUUUGUCUUUAAUGAUGGAGACAGGACUCGAGUAAAAUUGGAGAGUUUGGAAGACGCUUAUGUUCUGUCUGGGACUGAUGACUCUCUUUCAGAUAAGCAUGGAUGCCCUGCGUAUGUAAGUCCAGAAAUCCUAAACACAAAUGGCAGCUACUCUGGAAAAGCUGCAGAUGUCUGGAGUCUAGGUGUCAUGCUUUAUACAAUGUUAGUUGGACGCUAUCCGUUUCAUGACAUUGAACCUAGUUCUCUGUUCAGUAAAAUACGUCGCGGGCAGUUUAACAUUCCAGAGACAUUAUCCCCGAAGGCAAAAUGCCUCAUACGUAGCAUACUUCGUCGAGAGCCAUCAGAGAGGCUCACAUCUCAAGAAAUUCUGGACCAUCCUUGGUUUUCAACAGAUUUCAACACAUUGAAUUCUGGAUAUGGUGCUAAGGAAGUAUCAGAUCAACUGGUGCCUGAUGUUAACAUGGAUGAAGAUACGGACCCUUUUUUUAACUGAGCACAAAACUAGUUUCUUUUUUGGUACUUGAGUAGAACGUGUCCACAUGAAGGAGUCCUUCCUGAACGUAUUAUUCAAAAUCUGUAUUGUCCUAGAGUGGUAACAUGUAAAAACUACGCUGGGCUCCUUGGUCCUGAGAAGGAUAGUCUGUGAGGAUCUACGUACACAUGUAGCAUCAAGGCUGCUAUGACUUCUUGUUUGGAGAAUAUCGGCAUGGAUUCGUUGUAGCUUCUCCUGAUAUGAAGCCAAGGACACUGCACACACCCCUUUCAAGUGCAGCUUUGUCACUCCUGUUAAACAAAAAAUUGUAAAUGUUUUGCCUCGCACAUCUUGGCAUCGCACUGUUACAUAUUUUACUUCUGCCAUUGAUCAGGGAAGGUACAAUUCGCUUACUUUUUACAUUUUUAUUUUUCUCAAUAUAUGUUCAUUCCCAAAAGUAUAUGGGGUAAAUAAAAAAUAAAAAAAUAAAAAUACAUAGACCAAGUUAGAUGCACUGGCAUAAUAAAAAAGUGGGUGCUAAGGAAAAUUUUAAUUUCUUCUUUUUUUUUUUUUCUUUUUUUUUAAAGCAAUUUAGAAUUUUAUUUAAUUCUAAACUACUUACUACUCUUUUCAGGAUAAUAUAUUUUAAAGGUUUGUUUCCAUAAGGGGAAGUAGCUAGUUUAACAAGCUAUUUUGAAUUAUUUUUAUUUGUUUGCCAGAGGAAGUUGUAAUAAUUCAAACUUCCAAAUGUUUUAUGGCUUUGCUAACAUGAGAACAAUAUUACCUUUGGAAAAAAUAAACAGGGUUUGAUAUACUGGUGACCAGAUUUGCCAUCAUGCACUAAAGCCAGAAAGGUAAUCGUGACAAGCUGCAGAACCAUUUGAAAGAAUAAUUUUCAAGUUAACAUCUCUUUAUUUUGUUACAAAAACAUUACAUUUCUAAUUAUUGGAGAUUAUUCUUUUUUUUUUUUUUAACAUACCAUUUCAAGGGAAAAUGUGUUUAUAAGCUAACACUAUCCUUUUUCAUUUAUCCCCCUAGCUCAUGGAUAUUGCAUUAAAAUGCACCUUUUGUAUUGUCGAGAAUUGUAUCUUAUUUAUUUUUUAAGAAAAUGUCACAGUUGUGAUGUAUUAAGCCAGUACUUCAAUUAAAUUACGGGUUGACUUAAAAUGACAUGUUACAUGCUGUACUUAACACAUACAUUAUUAUUAUUUUUUUCUUUGUGUAUUCAGGCACUUCUGUCCCUAAAUAUUUCAUUUAUUUUUUUUAGCUUAUUAUGAAAUAAACUGGCAUUUAAUUUUCCCUCAUCACUUCUAUAUUGCUCUAUAAUAAAAUAUCAGCAUAAAUAUUUGUGUUUUACAGUACCUCAGUUGUUCUAAUUAUACUGUUUGUAUCUGUUUUGUGAACUGGUCACGUUUUCUGGGUAGGUACAUGUAGACUCUGUAAGUAUGUAAAUGUUACUUGAAUUUGUGCUUAAUUAUAGUAUGUGGCAUGUGCGUACAGCUACUCGGCAUUUGACUUUGGGACACUGUUUGCCUGCCCUUUGGGAAGUUUUGCUCAAAUUCUUUUUUUUUUUUUUUUUAAAUAAUGACUAGUGUUUCAAAAGCUGUGCUGACCUUGAUUCUAUUUUGGUAACUAAAAGGAGUGAUAAUUUUACACUCAAAAGAUGGUGCUGUGUCAAGAAGGUCUUUUAUUAUUUUAAUUUUAUUUUACAGGUUAUUUCUCCCCCCCCCCCCCCCCCCCCCUCCAAACACCCACCCCAUCCCCUCUCUGAAGUAUAUUUUAAGAGGAGUGACUGAUGAUAAAGUGCAUGGUGGGGGUUUUCUGCCUCUGGUGCUUUGAAUGUUAUGUACUGGGUUUUAAUGUUUUGUCCUAAUCUCUUCAAUAAAUUGUGCAUAUUUAACUAAAACGCA